UAAAUAAUGAUUAAAUGUUAUCCGAUAAUAGGAAUUUUCUAAAGUUUAAUCGAUAUCAAAAUAAAAUCGAAAUCAAUUAGUAUCAUUGUAAACAUCAAUUAUAUGUUAUAUAGGGAAUGAAAUAAAAUGUAAAUAAAUGUGAACACGUGAUUCUAUCGUCGUAAACAUUGAACGUAUUCUCAUUCUUUCUUUCUCAGCACCAGCUAAUGCGUCGGAGAAGCUACGUAGCUUAUCGAGUCUGUGCCAUCUUCGUCGCGGACUAACACCUUGGGUGGCAUUUCGUUUAGUUAAGAUAUCAUUGGUAGAUCUUGAAACCGUGCGAGAAGGCAAACCGUUUUGUCUCCUGUCACACGACCGCCAAGAAGGAGAGACUCCUCGCGAAGAGAAACCGUAAUUUAUAUCACAGACUUCGCUAUAUACUCUCUCGUUUUAGACUGUGCUACCUCAAGAAGGAUCAGCUUCUUCAAGAUUUUCUUUCGAUGUCAUUCUGACUUAUUGAAAAAUUCAUCGCAUUUUUAUUCUCAAGGACGCUGUUGCGUUCAAUGAUCUUAAUAUAAAGUAAUCGUCCCGUUGCAUCGAUUUCAUUAUACCCCGAUCGUUCUUGCUCCGCUUGAAAGUCGAACGAAAGCGAAAUUGUAAACAAGGUAGAUAGAGAAGAUCGGAUCGUCGAAGUCACCUAUUCCAUUGUUUACUUUCGAGUUGGUUAGACGUGUACGGAGCAAUAUGGAUGCUGCGAAUUUCACGUUGGAAUUUACGCAAUUAUUAACGCGUUAUACAACAUCAAGAACACCGAACGAGAACGUGGGACUCAACGAGAUUUCGAAGGCACCAUUGACCUCGGCAACCAUCAUCCAACUCGUGCAAGAAUCCCUUCGUAUGAUCUUACCCGAACCAUAUGUACCUAAUAUAAGUGUCAGUGUUAAUAAGACGCCACUCAAUGAUAUUAUUUUCAACACUCCGGAUGCACCGUUUAUUGAACGAACUAGUCUUAAUGGAAAUGGGAUAAUCAGCGAAUGUACGGAUGACUUAUCGGAUAAAUUAUCGCCUAAGAAUAAUAAGAACGAGUCCCCAUCGAAGUUUAAUUUAAAGGCUACAGGAAGAUCUGAUACCUUCGUUCAAGAUAAUAACAAUUCGAUUAACAAGGAUAACGAUAACAGUCCUAUUAUUACGGAGACUACUAAAGAAAUUGUCGACGAUGUCUUCCUCGAAGCUGAAGUAUUGCCACACUAUAUGCGUUUGAAAUUAGACACUUUACGUCAAUCUGCCGCUGAUCUUAUUACGAAAAUCGACGAUAUCAAAACGAUAAGCAAAAAUCGUACACAGUCGUCGAUCGAAAAAUCUGUAAAACCGAUUCGUCGAUUAUCAUCCAUCGGAAAUUACUCAUCUGCUACACGUCCAUCGAUGUUGCGAUCGGAUCAACCAUCGAAGAAAAGAAGAUCGUUCAUUACUUUUCCAGGGACGACACCCACGUCCUCGAGAUUGAAUAACACGGUGGUCCUGAAUGAAAAUCUCUCGAAGAGAAAAAGUACGUCUUCCAUGUCGCUUAACGUCACGACUACGAACGCGAUCCCGACUAAAUCGUUAGCACCAAAACAGUCCAAUGUUCGAUCUCAUUCAAAUCUGUCUUUGCCUGUCGUAAAAAAGUCACCCGUUAACGAUGGUAGACCAGCGAAAAAUCCAAAGUACGCGCACAUUCAAAGUAGUAUUCCUAAACCAUCUAAUAUUAAGAAAAAGACUUAGAAAAUUGUUUUGUUUAUGGAACGUUUCAUUUUUAAAACGCGCGUUUUUCGCAUUUUUACUUUAAUUCGUAUAUUCUAAUAUUUAAUAUUUAUUAUUAGCGUUACAGUAAUAUGGUUACUCGUGACUUACAAUAAGUAAUUUCUAUAAAUUGUUCUAUGGACAAAAUGAGUACCUCCUAUGAUAGCGCUCUCUUUUAUACUUUGAAAAAUAUUUCAUAUAACAUAAUAGAAUGUAAUGAAAAAUUCUUCUGUAGAAUAUGCAAAUGCUUCUGGUUUUUUUUUUUUUAUUUUUUAUUCUUUCUCAUGCACAGGUAGCAUUUUUAUAUUUUUUAUAUUCUUUAUUUGUUCCAUUCGUGCUCAUCUCCAACUUUUUCCAUUCGCGUUUUAAAAUAAAAUCAUCAUAUAGUGUAAUAUACUUUAGAAAUGAAACGAAUUAAAAAAUUCGAUAUGUAUUUUAUAACAAUGAAAUAAUUGCAAUUGUAAGACUUAUGAAUAAGUGAUUCGCAAUAAUUGGAAAUAUGUUUAGAAAUGGAUGGAUUUAAUUAAGGUUCAUUUAAAUUUUUAUUGCAAAAGAGAGAUCCCAACGAGACUUGUACCGUUGCCCAUCAAUGAACAUAUGUACACGUGAUGUAUAAGGUCGCCGUUAUAUUAGGAAUAAGUGAACGAUUACGUGCAAUCUACGAUGGCUGUUAUGCUAUGAACAGGUUUCUUUGUGUUCGCUUUCUACGACCGCCGGGAGCCAUCAUUUAAUUUGAAUUUCGCUCUCUCGUGCGCACGAUAUUUUAUUAGAGCUUUUCAGGUCGAGGAAAAAGAUAUUUACAUUGUGUCUCUUUCGUUGUAAAUAUUUGCAUUAUUCGACAUUACCAAUAUAUCGUAGGGAAAUGAGAGAUAAAAUAAUAUAUUAUAAAUUAAAUAAUUUUCCAAUAACUUUAAAUGUAUCGUAAAAUAAGAAAAUAAUAUAAUAAGUAUAAUAAAUACAUAUAUACAUAUAUACAUAUGUAUACAUAUAUAUGUAUGAGCCUGAAGGAAUUGAUUUAGCCAGAUCGUUCGUGACAUCGACCUCGUUAGUUCAGCUAGGGUUCUAGUUCUAAGAAAAAGUCUUUGUAAAGUUCGUGGAAGAGUUCUGUAUCCAUCGAAAUCCUCUCUUUGGGAGGUCCAGACGAUCGACGAGGUUGACCACCAGCAGUCAACCGGAACAACGAGAACCUUUUUUCUAACAAACUUGAAAUAUUUUUGAGGGUCUGCGGCUAACACAAAUUUCGGCACGCGCUUCCAAUCUCCACCUUUUUCUUAUUCUUCAUCCACCUCUUCUUCUUCUUCUUCUUCUUCUUCUUCUUCUCCUCCUUCUUCUCCUUCUUUUUCUUCUUCUUCUUCUUCUUCUUUUUUCUUCAUCUCCCUUUAUAUUUCUCUCUCUCUCGGCUUGUCACCCGUCCAUCAAAAGAGACAUCACGCUGUCAAAGAGAAACGAAAUAAGAAGAAGGAAAGUAGAAGCAUCCUGGCACCCAUAGACAAUCAGAUUCACGCGGCUGUUCCUCAGUUGGACCAACAUCAGACUCCCCGUCGUUCCGUUUGUCCCAUCGAGUUUUGCCUUCUUUCGACUCAUCGCAUAGCUCCGUCAAAAAUGUUAGACGGAUUCUAUACGGAUCGUUUCGUCAUAGACGACGACAUAGACUAGAAACCCCUCUACAUAUUGCUCGGUGAUUCCUUUGAAAGAAACUUUAGAAAAUUGUGUAUUGUGGAAGAUUUCUCUCGUUCAAAAAAUAUCUCAUUAAAUGACAUCGAUCGGUAUCUAUCAUCUAUGUAUACAUAUUUUAUUCGAUAAAAACUAAGAUUUCAAGAUAUUCAAAAAUUCUUAAAUACAUGAUUGCAAUUAUAUGGAAUAAUAUAUCAUUGCUUUUAUAGAAUCCAAGUGUAUCUUUUUUAAAAAUAAAAAUUAAUUUA